AUGAAUAGACUCAAUUCAUAACCUAAAACAAAUAAUCAAGGUCGUAUGACUCCAAAUGAAUAUAUGAUUCAUAAGAACAUUCCUUUACCUAAUAAAGCUAAAUAUCCUCAUGCAGACUCAGAGGCAUAUAUGCAUAAAUCUGAGAUCAUUCAUUAGAAUAACAGUAGUAAUUACUCACAUAGUUCAGAAGGGAACAAUCUUUAAAAAAUAAUUGAAGAAAAGAAUAGGGAAAUUGAAUUUCUAAAGUAGGCAGAAGCUUAAGGCAAAAUGUUAACUACUUAAUUCUAGGAAAUGAAUUAAAAUCAUUAAUAGGAGGUUAAAUAAUUGUUAGAGUAGAUUCAAAAUUAUAAAUAGAGGAAUAUUGAUUUAAAGAGUCAAGUUGAAUAAUAUAUGACAGAACUAAAUAAAUCAAAUUAAAAAUAUUAGGAAUGUUAUAAAGAAAGAGAUGAAUAUCUCAAGAAUUUUAGAGAAUAUUAAUAAGAUUAUGAUAUAAUAAAAAUGUAAUUAUAAGGAAAAGAUGCUGAGAUUUUAUAAUUGAAAGAAAGAAUUUAAAAUAUGGAAAAUAAUUAUUAAUAAGAAUUAACUUAAUAUUCAUAAACUAAUGAAUAUUGGAAGAGAUCAUUAAUGGAUACUUAAAUUAGAGAGAUUACAUAAUAAUUUAAUUAAGAUAGAAUGUAAUAUGAUAUGAAAAUAAAAAAUUUAGAUAAUAGAAAUGUUGAAUUAGAAAAUAAAUGUGUAUUAUUAGCUUAAGAAAUGGAGAGAAUGCGUUUUAAAGAUUUAGAAUAAAAUAAAAUAAUAACAAAAAAUUUAUAAAAUGAAAAUAAUGAAUUAAAAACAUAAAUGUUAGAAAUGAUGUAAUUUGUAUAAAGAUAUGAGGAAAAGAUUAAUUAGAUGGAAUAUAUUGAAGAUUAAGAAUAAAAAGAUAGAAUGAGAAUAAUUGUUUUGAGUUCUGAGAUUGAUAGAUUACAUUGUGUAAUUGAAGAAUAAGAAUAAAAGAGUCAAAUAUUUUUAUAAUAGAUUUAGAAUUUAGAAUAAUAUGAAAUAUAAUGUAAAUAAUUAUAGGAAUAAUAAUUAUAAUAUAAUCAGUUGUAAUUAUAAUUAUAAUAAGAAGUUAUUAAAAAUUAGAAUACAUAAUAAGAUUUUGAAUAUUUAUAAUAGGAAUGGACACAUAGAAAUUAAGAAUUAUAAGAUAAAUGUGCAAUGUUAACAACUGAACUUGAGAGAUUAAAUCUAGUAAUGAGAGAUAAUUAGAAUUAUAAUAGGAAUUAUUAAUAUGAAAUUGAAAAAUUCUAAAAAUAAUUAUAGGAUUAUUCUUAAAUUAUAGAAUAAAAAUCUAAUAUGAUUUUAUAAUAAGAAAUAGAAAUAAGUAAUUAUUAAUAAGAAUCUAUGUUAUUGAAUAGUGAUAAUGAUAAUCUUAAUAUGAGAAUUACUUAAUUGGAAGAAGAAAUCUAGGAAAUUAAAGAUUAAACAUAAUAAGAAAUAAAAUAAUAGAUUGAUCAUUAUUAAAAUGAGUUGAAUAGAAAUAUAUAUAAUUAUAAUUAAGUAAAUAAAGAUAAAUUGGAAUUAUAGACAUAAUUGGAAAUAAUCAAUAGAGAAUACGAAACACUAAUUAUCACAUGUAAAUAAAAAGAUAUUGAAAUUAAAGAUUUACAAGAUUAAAUGUAAUAAAUGGAAGAUAAAUAUUAAAUAGAAUUAAGUGAAUUAAAGUAAUAAGGAGAAUAUUUGAGAAGAUCUAUAAUUGAUUAAUAAAUUAAAGAAUUAACUUAAAAAUUCAAUAAUGAUAAAUAAGUACUUGAGAUUUAGAUUAGAUAAUUAUAGUAAUAAAAAUAGUAAGUAGAUUUAUAAAAUUCAUUGUUGUAAUAAAAACUCUAAGAAUUAUAAUACACAAUUGAUGAUCAAUUAGAGAUUUAAAAAUAAAAAUUAUAAACAAGUGAGAAAGAAAGGAUUAAUUUAUUAUAAGAAAUUAAGGAUUAUUAGAUAGAAUUGCAAAUGGUAUCUAAUGAGAGAUAAUAAAUGAGAGAGGAUUUUGUUAAAGAAAGAAUGAAAAUUGUAAUUUAUGCCUCUGAAAUUGAUAGAUUAUGGAGUGUAAUUGAAGAUUAGACAAAUUAAUUAAAAUAAUAAGAAGAAUUAUCAAAUGAGAAUAUAUAAUAAUUAAAAUUAAGUAUGUAAUAAUACCAUAAUACUAUAUAUUAAAUGGAAUAAGAAAAAAAUAAUCAUUUAAGAGAAAAUAAUUUAAAAGAAUAGAGUUUAGAGAAUAAAAUGAUUAUGAUAACUAAUGAAUUAGAUAAAGCAAAAAAUUAAUUAUAUGAAGAACAAAGUAAAGGAUAUGAAUUGGAAAUAAAGUAGAAAUAAUUACUUUAGGAGAUAGAAGAAUUAUAUUAAUAAAUAGAAUAAUAUUAAUCUGAAAUUACUAUAAUGUAAAAGAAUGGAUUAGAAAUAAGUGAUUUAGAAACAAAAUUUCAAGCAGAAAAGAUGUCAUGGGAAACACAAAAAUAUUAAUUAACUAAUUAGAUUUAAGAUUAUGAAUAAAGAAUAAUAUUAUUAAACUAAGAGAUAAAGAGAUUAAAUACAAUUGGAGAUGAGAGAUUACAUGAAAUUGAAGAAUUAAGAUUCAAAUUCAGAGAUACUUAAUUAAAUGAAAACUAUGAACAAUUAAAAACAGCAUAUGAUAUAUUAGAAUAAUAAGUAAUGGAAUUUGAAUAGAACAAUUUGAAAUUGAAAUCUCAUACAUAAACUUUAGAGAAAUAGAUUUAAUUGUUAGAAUUAUCAUUAUAAGAUAAAUCAAGAGAAGUUGAAGAUAUAUAUAAUUUAAUGAAUAAAUAAAGAAGACAGAGUGAAUCUACAAAUAAAGAUGCAGAAAAUAAUAGAAGAACAUAAUAAUAAUUAUAAUAAACUAUUUAAAAUUUAGAAUAAUAGAAUUAAUAUUUAAAAGAAUAAUUAUAAAAUGUCACUAAUGAAAAUUAAAGCUUGUAAUAUUUAUUUAUAUAUAUAUUUUAGAUUAUCAUAAAUUUAAUAUCUAUAGAAUAGUCUACAUGAGAGAGAUUAAAUGAUAUAAAAGAUGAGUAAUGAAUUGACUGAAAAGAUUAAAGAAAUUGAUUCAUUAAAAAUCAAAUAUGAACAAAAAAUGAAUAAUCCCACCAUUUAAUCAACUAUAAUAAGAGUAAAUUAAUUUAUAUAUAUAUAGAACUCUUCAUUAACUAGAUAAAUCAUUAAAACUGAGUAAGAGAAUUUUAUUACAGAAUCUAUUAUUAAAUCAAAAAAUUCUUCAAAUUAAUUAUCAAUUGUAAGACCUCCAAGAUAAGUGAUGUCUUAAAUCAAUACAGAUAUAAAUAAUUAGUAAGAAUGA